AUGCACGCCGGCCCAUGGUUGGUUGUGACCACUUUCCUUUUAACCCAUGUCGUCGUUGCCAAUCCUCUACGGAGGGCGCCCCCUGUCGUUACUCUCGAUUCAGCCACAGUCACUGGGACCCAAUUUGGGAGGGUGAACAGAGUUGGGGACCUGAGGUUCAGACGACCUGAACCUAUCGCCCCGUAUACGGAAUCAUUUUCCGCCCUGACAUACGGGAAGGCUUGCCCUCAGCAAGAUGUGCAGCUUUCGCUUCCUGGGAUCUUGGGCUUGGCCGACAGUACAACGGACUUUCUGACCAACACAGCUUGGGGAGUUGCCCUCCCGGACGGCGAAGAUUGCCUCACUAUCAAUGUCGUGACACCAGCAUCUGCAACACCUGCGUUGAAUCUGCCUGUUAUUGUCUGGAUCUACGGUGGUGGUUUCCAAAUUGGGAGCUCCUCCUUAUACGAUGGCGGAUCGGUUGUUGAAAAGUCGAUCUCAAUGGGAGAGCCCGUAAUCUUCGUUAGUAUGAAUUAUCGUUUGAGCGCUUUCGGCUUUCUAGCAAGUCAAGAAGUCAAAGAUGCUGGCGUGGCGAACCUUGGUCUGCAUGAUCAACGCGAAGCGCUUCGAUGGGUCCAGAAAUACAUACAUAACUUUGGCGGCGACCCCACGAAAGUGACUAUUUGGGGUGAAAGUGCCGGCGCCGUCUCGGUCUCUAUGCACAUGGUAGCAAACGAUGGGGACACCGAGGGACUGUACCGCGCUGCAGUCAUGCAAUCUGGAACACCCGUUCCAGUUGGCGAUGUGACCAAAGCUCAAGUUCACUACAACAAUAUCGUAGAAAAUACCGGAUGCUCCGGCGAAAGCGACACCCUAGCGUGCUUGCGAACCCUGGAUUACGAGGUCUUGAAGGGCGCCGUGGAUCAAACGCCGUCUAUAACUGGGUACAAUACGUUAGUGUUGCCCUGGUUGCCGCGCACCGACGGUACCUUCAUCAGGGAGGAUGGGCAGCGACUCGUCCAACAGGGCAAGAUCGCAAAUGUUCCCUACAUCGUCGGUGACUGCGAUGACGAGGGAACACUGUUCGCCUUGAUUCUAAACAACCUCACAACCACCUCUGACGUCCGGGGGUACCUCAAGGACGUCUGGAUCCCAGACGCCACUCCCGCCGAAUUGGACCAGAUCUUAGCUCUCUACCCGGCCGAUAUCACGAAGGGGUCACCUUUCGACACCCAGAUUUUCAAUGCGUUGACACCCCAAUUCAAGCGGGUUGCUGCGCUUUUGGGAGAUGCGGCGUUCCAAGCUCCUAGGCGGAUGUUCUUGGACCACAGCGCAGAUACGCAGAAUACUUGGUCGUUCCUGAGCAAGCGCCUGAAAGCGACUCCCUUCCUCGGCUCGUUCCAUGCAUCCGAUCUACUCAACUCCUUUGGAAGUGGCGAUCUUGCAGAAUAUAUUAUCCAUUUUACAAACGCUCUCGACCCCAACGGCAAUGGCAUUACCAGUUGGCCGAAAUACACCGCAGACACUCGAAAGCUGAUGACCUUCCAGGACCAGCUCUUGCAGCCGCGAAUCAUCACUCAGGACAACUACAGACAAGAAGCGAUCGCAUUUCUUACCGCCGUCAUGCUAGCGCACCCCAUUUAA